UCAAACAGGCAAGUUUCUCUCCGUUACGCACGUACGCAUAAAAAAACCAAGCCCGAAGACAUGUCGGCGUUCACCCACGAGGAGCGGUUUUUGGCCGCCGUUAGGGACGGCGAUGUAUCUUUUGUCGAAGACGCCCUAGACAGGAUCGAAACCCAACCUCUCGAUGUUAACUGCACGGAUAGGAACGGAAGAACUGCGAUUGCUGUGGCCAUCACCCGAGGGAACCUUCUGAUCCUGAAACUACUUCUAAAGAGUAAUGUAGCCAUCGGCGAUUCGCUACUCCGCGCUGUGGAUACUCAGUUCUUCGAGGCAGUGAAGCUGAUACUCAAGCACUCGGAAUCUUUUGGGGAUCGACAGAUGGCGAUAGUGAACUGUCGUUCAGAAACAGAUGACUAUCAUCCUGAAAUCACUCCCAUUAUUCUAGCUUGCCACCAUAACAACUUUGAGAUCAUCGAUAUUAUUUUGAAGUACGGUGCGUUGGUGCCCAGCCCAGAUUCCGGCGACGCAGAACGGACGGCAAAGCACACACUGCAGCGGUCAGUGGGGACACUCAACAUCUACAGAGCUUUAUCCAGUCAGUUCUACAUCUCAAAAACAAGCAAGGACCCAAUGGGUGAUGCUUUCCUUCUGUGUCACCGUCUACGUCAAAUGAGUGGUCUCGAGUACGAGUUCAGAGCCGAGUAUCUGGAGCUUGCUGAUACCAUAGAAGAGUACGCUGCCGACCUUCUUGGCCAGGCCAGAGACUCCAAGGAGCUCAACAAGAUCAUGACCCAUGGUCCGAAUAAGAUCAAAGCAGGAGUUACGGAGGAUGGCGCCACUCUACAGAAGGUCUUCAUGGCAAUAUCUUACACCCAGAAAAAGUUCGUGGCACAUCCUCACUGCCAGCAACUCCUUAUCAAACGUUUCUUUGGCUCAUUGGCUUAUACACGAGAUUGGCCGCUAUGGAAACAGCUUCUGAUUAGUCUCCUGAUAAUGAUUGGCUAUCCGUUCAUCUCGAUCGUCUACAUCCUUAUGCCAGCGAAGAAGGUCAUAACAUUUGUUGACACCCCGUUUGUUAAGUUUCUGAUGAGUGUCGGAUCCCGGUUAACCUUCCUCAUAUUUCUACUCAUUGCAACCUCGGCUUCCGGAACCACAUCCGAAGAUCCGCAAAAGCAAUGGACCCGGAUACCCGUACCGCUACUCUUCCUUAUUUUAGCCUGGCUAGUUGGAAUGACAUGGGCGGCUGUCAUCGGAAUCUAUCGCCAAGGGAUCAAGACAUUUAUCACGAAUGGUCAGAACAUUCUUGAAUUCUGCAUCCUCCUUCUCUUCUGGACGGCCCUCACAUUGUAUCUAGUGGCUUAUCUACAGACUCGAGAACCUGCCGUUGAUAGCAUUGCCCGUCGUGACAUCGAUCUCGACCAGCUCAGGGAAUUUCUGCAGAACGAGACCGUGCCCGAGCUCCGGGACUACAUCGAUGAGGUCGUCCGUAACGCCAGCCUCGAGAUUCAAGCCAACCAGAACGCUAAUCUUACUGAGUUGAUACAGUCCGUAGUCAGAAAAACUUGUAAUGAAACUACCACAGAAGUGCCCCCGAUGAUGACUACCACACCUGUGUAUUCUGGUAGAGUGUCAUUGCCGCCUGACCAUCCAUCCGUUCUAGCUGAUGCCUUCUUUGCUGUAGCUACGGUCAUUGCCUUCCUUCGGCUACUAAGCUUAACGGUUUCCUCGCAGUUGGUCGGGCCCCUUCAGAUCUCGCUGGGCGGUAUGCUGUUCGACAUCGUCAAGUUCAUCCUCGUCUUCAUCAUCGUCUGGUUCGCCUUUGCUCUCGGUCUCAACCAGAUCUACCAGACCUACGAGGAGUACACCUACCAACAGUGCAGUGCCGACCCCGACGCAGCAUGCGACUACGGUGCAUUCGCCAGUGUUGGAUUGUCAAUGUUAACACUCUUCUGGGCCCUGUUCGGAUUGGAGUCUCUCAGCAUUAUACAGCUUGAAAGCGGCAUCAAUCACUACUUCACCGAGGCUGUGGGAACGUUCCUCUUCGGUCUCUAUCUCAUGUUUGCUGUGGUCGUCAUGCUCAAUGCUCUCAUUGCUAUGAUGAGCAAUACCUAUACAAGAGUCGAGGAAAAUUCGGAUACUGAAUGGAAAUACGCUCGAGCACAGAUGUGGGUGAGUUUCCUCCAACCUGGGAAUACGACGCCCCCACCGUUCAAUGUGUUUCCCGCCAUUCGAGACUGGGCAGCAAUGUGUAGGAAACUCGGUAGUUCGUGUUGCCGCAGGAGUAAGGAUGAAAAUGGCAAUUCGAAGAAGCGAGACAGAAGUCAAGAGGAAUACACAGUGACGGUCAAACAACUUGUUGACCGGUAUAUCUUAGAUCGUACGACGCUCGGUGCGGAUUCGGAGGCUAACGUAACUCGAUCUGAUAUCAUGGCUAUUAGGAACGAUAUUGCUGUUUUCAGAUACGAGACAUUCAAAUCUCUGAAGGCAUCGGAAGUAUCCUUCACAAACCUCAAAGGCACGCUGGGCAGCAUCCAAACCCAACUCGACAAGGUUGACAUCAUGAACACUAAAACAACCGAGCUCGACCAACACGUCCGCGAUGUCCGACGACGCACGACGGAGAUCCACGGCACGGUGGACGACAUCAUGGAAAACCUCACGAACACUCUCACUAAGGUUCGCGGACGGGGCGCCCAAGGGAGAGCUGUACGACAGAAGAUGGGAUCAAGUGGUCUAAGGGUGACUGAAGAACAUCAAGAAGACGAUGCAGCCAGUGAGACGCCCUCUACGUCGUCUCUACACGAAUCAGCCAGCUCAUCGCCCUCGACUCGAGACGACGGCGAAGACACCGAAACAUGAAUCCUUUGAGCUAGUCUAUCUGAAGUAAAUUCAAGGGAUUUGCAAGCUGUACUUUUUAGCUACAGUCUCUGGCAAUAAAGCAGAGACGCGGUCUGAAUUUAAAGAGAGAGAGAGAGAGAGAAAACGAAAUGAAACGAUGCCUCAUUUCCAUUUGUGGUGAUUACCUGAUUGAGUUCUCAAAACCAGAAUAAAUGAGUGACGGGAUAUGUUUUCCGAGCCCAAAUGAGAGAAAGUGGGUACAUAUUGCUGCUAUUCCUACAUUGCAUAUUUGCUUAAUUCAUUAUUUCAUUUCAUGUUUAUUUCGAACAAUAAAAUAUGGAUUUUCAUUUUCAUUUAGUCUAAUACACAGGAUUUUCUGCAUAUAUAUUACCACACCAACGGCUUAAAGGGGAAGUUCACGCUGUAGAAGAUUUUGUGGUAAAAAUAACAGGAAAAAAAAAUAAUAAAAACAUUGGUGAAGGUUUGAGGAAAAUGCAUUAAAGAUUAAGAAAGUUAAUAAAGUUCUAUUUUUUGUAUUCGUUGACAUCAUAAACGAGCAGCUGCCCCACAUGUUAUGUAAUAUAAAAUGCAUUAAUUUCAUUUUUAAUGGUUCGUGAUGACUUAUUGUUCUCUUUUUUAGGAACGGGUGUAAAAAGAUGUGUCUAUUGUUAUACAGAAGGUAAAGUAAAAAACAUUUUCAAUUUUCUGAGAAAAUUACAUUUCACUGAUAUUUUACCACAAAAUGUGCAGGAGAGUAGCUCGAAUAUGAGGUCAUAAAUCAAAUAAUUAAAAUUGUGAUAAAUUCUAUAUUGAUCGACUUUUCUCAAACUUUUGGUAAUAUAUUGCAUGAUUUUUUUGCUAUUUUUACAAUAAGAUUUUUGUCAGGGUGAACUUCCCAUUGUUUAAAAGUAAUAUUUUUGCGUUUGUUACUAAGGUGUUGAGAGAAUUAAUAGAUAAAACCUGUAGUCUUUCGUUGGUAUAUUUAUUAUUUGAAAGAGAAAAUGCUUAGCAGAAUGAAUUAUUCUUAUAUAGAACGGUGAGAUGAUAUUGCAUAAUAAACGUUUUUGGAUCAAAGUUUUGCAGCAUAGCUGAUAUUUAUCAUUUCCUUGUAACUUUAAUUGCAGCAAGUAUCGUUUCAUUUCAUAAAAGGAUUUUGUUCAUUGUUAGUCUUAUUCCUUUUUAUUAUAUGUUUGUUUAGAAAAAUUAUCAAAUUAUACCAAAUCAAUAUCUGAUUUCAUACACUGAAUUUAUCGCUUUGUUUUUCUGUUUCUUAUUGAUGUCGUGUUUGUAUACUUUAUAAUGUUAUUAUUUACAGGAUAUAUCUUAACAUGUUUGACAUGUUUAUAACAGCAACUCAAACUGGCGUAAAUGACUAAUAAAAAAAUCUAAUUGAUCUAAUCUGGGCUCCGUAACACAAAGGUUUGCGAUGAAUCGCUAAUACGACAGAGCCGCACUGAUUGGUCCCUUGUCAGUAUUUUAAAAUUAAUGCGCGUGUAACAUUGAUAUUGAUUGGUCAGUUCAUUUAGCGAUUGAUCGCUAAUCUUUGUGUUACGGAGCCCGGGUUUAUCUAUCUAAAGUAUCCGAUAGGAUGAUAAUGGGUUAUGUACAAGUUUUCUAUUUCGGUAGGUUCAAAUAUUCUCUUUGAUCAUGUAUAAUGCAUAUUACUCUCUUAUGAGGGAAUGCAUAACAAAAUCUGAAAGCUAUGAAUUUGUUUCGGAAAGUUUGUAGAUAGCAAUAUGUUCCGUUUAUACCAUGCUUUACCAUACUUAUCAAUCAUUUGUUGUUCAUGUUAGAUUGAUUUUCAAUA